AUGCUCUCUCUCCGUUCAUCUACAAUAACAAAAACUCUUCAUAAAUAUAGUCCCCGAUCCGGUCUCUAUAGAUUUGCAUCCACUUGGGCGAACGUAGAACAAGGUCCGCCAGACGCUAUUCUCGGAAUUACUGAGGCAUAUAAGAAGGAUACUGACCCAAAGAAGAUUAACCUUGGUGUUGGCGCUUACAGGGACGACAAUGGGAAGCCGUACGUGUUGAAUGCUGUUAGGAAGGCUGAACAAAAAUUAUUAAAUGAUAAACUAGACAAAGAAUAUCUUCCGAUUACGGGUCUAGCUUCUUUCACCAAGGAAGCAGGAAAACUAGCAUUUGGUGCCGAUUUCAUAUCAUCUAACGGAGGAAAUAUUGUGAUUAGUCAAUCGAUAUCAGGGACAGGCGCUCUCCGCAUUGGAGGCAGUUUUCUUGGCAGGUUCUAUCCACACGCAAAGACCAUUUAUGUUCCAACACCAACAUGGGGCAAUCAUAAGGCAGUGUUUUCCGACUCUGGUUUGGGUGUGGCACAGUAUAGGUAUUUUGACAAGAACACCAAUGGGUUAGAUUUUAAUGGGAUGAAAGAGGAUAUUUUGAACGCACCAAAGAAUUCAAUCAUUCUUCUUCACGCAUGCGCGCAUAAUCCAACCGGUGUUGACCCAACUCCUGCACAAUGGGACGACUUAUCGGAACUUCUCAAGGAACGUUCUCACUUUGCUUUCUUUGACAUGGCAUACCAAGGUUUUGCAUCAGGAGAUAUCGACAAAGACGCCUACGCGGUUCGCAAAUUUGCUUCCGACGGACAUCAAGUCAUCCUAUGCCAAUCAUUUGCAAAGAACAUGGGUCUGUAUGGAGAACGUGCAGGAGCGUUUUCGCUUAUCACUAGCAAUCCAAAGGAGAAAGCGGCUGUCGAGUCGCAAAUUAAAAUCUUGAUUAGGCCAAUGUAUUCUAACCCGCCAGUUAACGGGGCGAGAAUCGCUAGUUUGGUAUUGAGUGAUCCUGCAUUGAGAAGCGAGUGGCUAUCAGAAGUCAAGGACAUGGCGAAUCGUAUUAUCACAAUGCGUGAAAAACUUCAAAACCACCUUGUAAACGAUUUUCAAUCCAAAAAGUCUUGGAAUCAUAUCACUGAUCAGAUUGGAAUGUUUUGCUUUACUGGACUUGCACCCGAUCAGGUAACAAUUGCUCCACAGAAUACGUUCAAGGCCGAGCGUUUGACAAGGGAUUUCCACGUGUAUUUAACAAAGGAUGGAAGAAUUUCGAUGGCUGGUGUCACAUCUCAUAACGUAAAAUACCUUGCCGAAGCAAUUCACGAAGUUACCAAAUAG